GACAGCGAUGCUAGAUGGUAGCUGAUGUGACGAAGGGACUUUACUAGUUUUACGUGACCUCCGGAAGCGCGCUCAGCUUGCGCUUUUCCGGGUUUUGACAAUCACAACAAUCACGCUGUCAACCAAUCAAAACGGAGUGAAGGCUCACAAAAGCAAACGUCGCAGGCACGUGCGUGUGAUUAGUGAACCUAGCGUGGAGGCCGAACGUGUGUCACUCCUGAAGCUUUCUUUUAACGAGACACGCAUCCCGUCUCUCGGUACCCGCGCUUGAACUCGAUCGACAGCAAGCCACGUUGACCCCGUCGCACGCGAUUGCGAGAAGAACCCGCCGUAGUGGACAUUCCAACGCCCUGCUGUCUCAUCGCAUUCGGCGAAGAACGAGAGGUUGCACGUGCUGUUGGCCCGUCCUGUUGGGACACGUGUCGAAGAAAAGUCCAGCCGGUGUCCACCUUUGGAGCGACCUGUAAACGUCCAGCGCCUGCAUCGACCACCAUGGCCGAUACCGAAGUGCUGUCUCAGAAUACGGUUGAAAUGCCAGCAGCGCCUGAGCCCCCGAAGAAGCCUCCUGUCAGGCGCUCAAGCAUUGAGACAAUCGCCGAGGACUUGGAGCUCGCCAAGAUUUGUAAACAGGAAGGCAAUGCCCUGUACAACGAGGGACAGUUAAAGCCGGCGAUCCGAAAGUACCACCAGUGCUUGCUUCACCUCCGAGCUUGUCAGGCCCGGUACGACGUGCCUCAAAUGGGUCCGGAUGACAUGGGACUGGAGAAGGAGUUGCAGGGCGAGGUGGACAAGGUGAUGGCCCAGUGCUGCAACAACCUCGCUGCAUGCCUGUUGAAACGACCACAGUGCGACUACAACCGGGUCGUCAACUUGUGCAACAAAGUCUUGAUUCUUCAGCACAAUAACGUCAAGGCAAUGUUUCGCAAGGCCGUUGCACACUACCGCAUGGGCAACUACCGCAUCGCGCAGACAUUUCUGAACGAUGCUGUGAAGAUGCGCAGGGCACCGGAUGCCCUGAUGAAAAAGUACCUUGACCUCUGUGCAGAGGCUAUAUCAUCUUCCACGAAGUGAUGUGCCUAACAUGCUCGCCAAGUCAAAAAAAAAAAAAAAAACUUGUGUACAGAAAGCCACGCUUGCAAAGUUUUUUUUUUUUUUUAUCUCACUUGUGGCUUGUCCCCGUGCUACCAGACUGCACACUGUUGCAAUGUUGCGGGAGACAUCUGCAAUUGUACAAAUCUCAUCAUGUAAAGUUUACUGUUUACCUUGUAUACACUAAUAAACACUUUUCAGCAGA